GUCACAUCCUGUUUGGCAGCUGCAGCGCACUUUUAGGCCGGUCGCCGAUAGCAACAGACUGAGACUUGUCUUUAGAGAAGUUGUACGUGGAUUUUGAAUUGCUCUGCAGAAAUAUGGAGAGUGUUGACAGAGAAGAGGAAUUCGACCACAAAAUGCAUCAAGUUGAGUCGCCCGAUUCCCUAGGUUCCGACCAGGGAUUUGAGAAGCUCGAGUCUGCUAGUCCAGUAUCAGCGCCAGACGAUACGGCACUAUACGGAUAUGACGCACCAGGAUCUCAGUUUGAUAAGAAGGACGAGGAUGAAAGCGAGCAGGAGAUGGAGGCAAACCGUGAGGCUGAUAUUUCAGAGAAAAAUAUCGUGAUGUCCCCCUUCGAACACGCUUCCGGCGAGCAAGACCACGAGCACACACCUGACUCAGGAGCCGAGGAUGUUGAUAAAUUUGGACACGAAGACGCGGAGCGUGUUGAAGAAGAGUUCGGCGAUGACGACUUAGAUGAGGGUGAGAGAGACAAGCCGGAGAAGGGACUGCUGGUUGACUUUGACGAACCCCAAAGCACAAAGCCAUACGAGACGGAUCUAUAUACUUCGCCAUCCGAUACAAUGCAGCAGCUGCAAGAAGCUAUCCUAGAGCCAGAAGAGCGUGAGCCUGAGCAAGAAGAGCCAACCCCACAACUGUCUGCUCCUGAAAUCCCAACUGAUCCCCUCGAAGCCGAAAUGUCCCACGAGGUUCCAGAAGUUAGCGCGGCUUCGGCGGUAGACUCUGAGCUUGCCGCUACUGACACAUUACAAGCUGGCGCUGAGCAAGAGUCCACUGAGCCCUCUGUCACACCUCUGUGUGAAGUGUCCGAGUCGACUCCCGCUCCCUAUGAGUUCUCCCCGCGCAGCGAAAUGCCAGGUGAAGCUCUAGUGGCAGAGGAAGCCGAGGAGGCGAUCGAGUCUGUGAAGAAGGAGGAGGAGGAGGAGAAGGAAGCCCAUGAUGUUCCAGCUCUCAAAGUUGAUGCGCCGGCAGACGAGGUGACUUCAUCCAGUAGCAAGGAAAAGUGUUGCAUAUUUAACGUGGAGAACUGGGACCCACGAUUCGUGGACCUGGUGUACUGGAGGGACCUGAAGAAGUCCGGCGUCUGCUUCGGCUCCACUCUGCUGGUUCUGCUGAUGGUCAGUUACUUCUCUCUCAUGCUGGUGCUCACCUAUGCAAGCAUUGCCCUGCUGACUGUCACCAUCUCCUUCUACGUCUACAAGAAGGCGGUCCAGGCCGUACAGAAGUCCUCCGAGGGACAUCCGUUCAAGGAGUUCUUGGACAAUUUGGAGCUGUCCUCUGGGUUAUGACAUACAUCUGCUAUUGGUUUGAUGGAUAUGUGCUUAUGAUAAUGGGUUGGGUGACGUUAUUCACGAUCCCGAAGAUCUACGAGGCUCACAAGGAGAAGAUCGACUGCUACUUAGAAAAGGCUCAGGAAAAAGCGAAAGAGAUCGUUUCCAAGGUCAAGGAACGCAUACCAAUUGGCAAGAAGGAAAAGAGUCAGUAAGGCUAGGUGAACAUCGGGUACACCUUCAUGGUUUCUAACCAUCAGUGGUGAUGUGGCUGGCCCAUCCAGGUGCAUGGUGGAAUCGUAGAUCAAACUAUAUACUGUCGUACGCAGGGAUGGAAAAGUCUAUUAAAAAAAUUUUUCCCGCACAGUUUCCACUUCGGAUGUAACCGUCAUAUCUCUAGCAUGCAUUGAUUGCACCCUCGUAGUGAUGCUUACACUUACACAGCCUGAUCGAACAGUAUACAGCGACAGACUUCAGCACCCGCCUCGGUGUUUCCAUUUGAAUGUGAACAGCCUCUAGAUCUAUAGUGUUAAAACUCCUCUUGAUUUCGUAGUUACCGUGAACUGUUCUCGAUUCCCUCAUCUCCUAGGGGUUCCUUUUUCGGUCGAGACAGGGUUUUUUGCUAGAUAGAGAUAGUGCUGUGCUCAUAGCUGUGUUAUCGAACGUGAUGCUAAUUUAGUACGAUGAUAAUGAUGAUGAUAAGAGUGUAAUAUAUUUGGUCCGUGACGGCAGUAGCGGGUUCGUAGUUGAUUAAUGUUCGAGACAUCUUGAUCGGAGGUGAUAAGCAAGGUAUUGCAGUUUUUGGAAGGUAGCUAGAGUCAAUAUACAUACACGUGUGCUUAUAUAGCAAGUUCAUUGUGCAUAACGUUUUGGGUAAAAAAUCAAUUAUAUAUGUUGUCAAUAUGGUCAGCACAACCACUCGAGGUAAUUUAUUACUACUAUUUUGGUAACUGCCCGACAGAUUCCACGAUAGUUGUUUGAUUAUCUUACUCACUAGAUGGCAGCUUUUAUAUUGUCAUCACAUAAGUAAUAAGUAAUUUGAUGGGCUUCAGCAGUAUGGAUGUGAUCAAUAUCGUUAAAAAUGGAUAUAAGCGUUUUUAUCUGUUUUUUUUUUGGAAUUGUGUUUCAGGUCUCAGCUGCUGUGUAGACUGUACUUGGCACUAUUGCUGGUUAUUAGUAAGUGGGUGUGAUACGUUACUCACUACGCGCACUGUACUCAGCUUGAAGGUUGGUCAGUUCACUCCUGCAGAGCUCUAAGAAUGUUUAGUGGGCUGGCAUUCAUCAGAACGUGCUUAGAGAGAGUAUGUCGCAAAUUCAAGUGCAUUGAAUGUUCAUUAUUCCAGGUUGAAUUUCCAUUGUAUUAAAAAAAUGUUGUAGUCGUAAUUUAUGUCCGAUUUUCGAUCACUUGCUGGGUUUCAAUUAAGAAUGCUGUCCAUUAACAAAUUUGCAUGAAAUCUUAUUUAUAUUUCCUCUGUCGUUAGAUAUGGAGGUUUUUUAUUGUCCGAAACGGUGGUACUUUUUAUUGCAGCUGUUUCACUGCAGCAUAUAAUUAAUGUCCAAUGUAAUCUAAUUACAAUUAUCUUGUAUUCAAUUAUGCCGUGUCUGCAUAAAUGUGGAUAUAUAUAUAUAAAAAAAUAUGGCAAUCUUUUUUUAGAUGUAGUCAGGCUGGUAUUUCCUUGUUCGAUACGAGAUUUAACAACAAUUGUGCUCUCAAGUAUUUGAUUGCGGCCGUCUAGUUUUUAAUCUAGCUAUUCACUAUUAUCUAAUCGCUCAAUUGUCGUACAUGUAUAUGCUAUAAAAUUCUCCAUACUUGCAUUGCCUAUUGUUGUUAUCACGACAUGUUCACUUAUUUAAAUUGCCCAGUUGUCCUACAUAUAUAUACAUAAUUAUAUAACGAUUAACUAGAUAUCAUCGGCUAAUUCGGUUUCACACAAUUCAAGCAUCGGUGGUUGGAUGCGAACGGUAGGAGGUGCCUGUAGCGUGGACGGUUACCGUCACUACGCGGAGAAAGCUAGCAGAAACUGUUGCGAAAACCUUGAAUGUCUCCUAAUAAUAAAGCCACUUUGUACACCUA